GAUGAGAGAUCGCAUACAUAACUAACAAAGAAAGAAGGGGGUACAUUGGCGGGUGUUUCGUUGAUCACAAAUUAAUAAACAGAGAAUUGCUCUGUUUCUCUUUUCAUAUUAGAAGAAGAUAUGUUGUGAGACAUCAAGGGAAUAUAACGCGCUGUUGGAUUCUACGGUGUUGUACGGUAGUUACGAACGGAAUCGAACGGUUGUAAUUUUUGAAUCCCUGUUCUUCAAGAUCAACAUGAUCGGGAGCUUCGCCUCUGUUUUCUUGUGUACCGUUUCGUUUAUAACGAUGUCCAUCUCCUACGGAGACUACGAUGAACAGUUGAGAAGUUAUUACGAUAACCUGUACCAAAGAUCUUCUGUCAAAAAGCAACAAAGUGACGGCAAGUCUUCAGGAAUUGUGAAACUCCUUAUGCCUGGCGUUCAUCCAACUAAGCAUGAUUCCUACCUUUGUACUGCUGUGGAUCUUAGGAACAAGAAAGCAUACAUAGCUGGGUUUGAACCUCAUGCUGAAAUGCACACAGCACAUCACAUGUUAUUGUUUGGAUGUCCAACACCAGGGGAAAAUGCUUUAGCAAGUGAAGGGAAAUAUUGGAACUGUGGGGAUAUGGGAUCUGGUGUAUGUAAAGGCAGUGGAGAGAGAAUAUUGUAUGCUUGGGGAAGAAAUGCUCCUGUGUUGAAGCUUCCAAAGGAUGUUGCCUUUGAAGUGGGAGGCAAUUAUCUUGUACUUCAAGUUCAUUAUGGAAAGGUGGACAACUUUGUUGCCAAUCCUAGUCUUAAAGAUUACUCAGGGGUGGACCUACAAACAACAAGAGUCCAGCCGCAGUACAAGGCUGGCAUCAAGAUCCUGGCUGUUAGUUGGUCCCUUGUCCCACCCAAAAAACAAGCCUGGCAUUUAGACACUGGAUGUGGUUACGGCUAUGGACCCGACCUACACCCUUUUGCUUUCCGGGUCCACGCUCAUUCUCUUGGGAGUGUUAUUACUGGCUACAGAAUACGUGAUGGAAAAUGGACUCUCAUAGGGAAAGGAGAUCCACAGCGGCCGCAGGCGUUUUACCCAGUGGAUAAAGAUGUGGACAUAAAAAGUGGGGAUUCUAUGGCUGCCCGAUGCACUUACAAUUCAACCCAGAGAGACCAUGUAACAUAUAUCGGAGCAACUAUGAAGGACGAAAUGUGUAAUUUUUACAUGAUGUAUUGGUAUGACCCAAAACUGAAUGACCUGGGAGGUGUCAGUGUCGAAGACAUGUGUCAGAUUAUUGACGAGAGACAGCUCGACUUCCCGUCAGACUCUGAUGUCCCGUUACCAGGCAGUGGACCAAAAAUGGAGAUGAAAAGAAACCUUGGCGAAAGAUUCUGCGCACCGAAUUGCGAUGACGAGAGUUCACCUUUGCUACUUGAAGAAGAUCAGAGUUGGCAAGGAAAUAAGCUGGCUGACGUUAUGAGACGGUCGAGUAAACUUGGUCAAGUUACUGCCGUCGACAUUGAUUCGGAAGGAAAAGUGCUCAUAUUCCAUCGAGCAUCAAGAAAAUGGCAAGCUGAUUCGUUCGAUGAGCACAAUAUCUUCUCCGCUACAAGUGAUCCCAUCCCAGAAUCGACUGUGAUGAAGUUGGAUCCACAAACAGGGGAAGUUAUUGACAGCUGGGGAGAACGAAUGUUCUUUAUGCCUCAUGGGCUGACCAUCGAUCAAAAGGGCAACAUUUGGUUAACAGAUGUAGCCAUGCAUCAGGUAUUUAAGUUUCCUCCGGGAGAGAAAAAGCGAGCCUCACUGACACUAGGAACACAGUUUGUCCCGGGGAAUGAUGAAAAUCAUUUCUGUAAACCAACCGACGUCGCUGUCGACUCAGAGGGGAAUAUCUUUGUUUCUGACGGAUACUGUAAUAAUCGGGUCAUAAAGUUUUCCCCUGAUGGCAAGAAAGUACUUUUGAUGAUAACGAAUGAAAAAUUACAAGGGCUUGUUCCAAGUAAUUUUGAGAUCCCUCACAGCUUGUCCCUGGACGAGAAGAACCGUCGGUUGUUUGUAGCCGACAGAGAAAACAGCCGAGUGCUACAGUUUGACUCUGUUAACGGUCAUCUCGUUCGCGAAAUCAAAGCAUUUGGGGAAAGAGCUUUUGCCGUACACUAUCAUCCUGAGCAAGGUGGUGUGUUACAUGUGGUCAACGGCCCUUCUUUCUCUGAAGCCCAGGGCUUCACGUUCAUUUUGAACAAAGGCAGUGUAUUACAGCACUGGGAACCAGCCUUGAGUUUCUCACAACCUCAUGAUGUCACUUCAAGUCAAGAUGGUGCUGUGUACGUAGCAGACAUUGGCAGGAACACAGUUUGGAAAUUUAAGCGACAUGUCUCCAGUCAAUAAUACCAUAACAAAAGUAUUACGCAGUUUUUAUUUCAAAAUUAUUUUUGGUCACAAUUGUUACUUUGUUAAGAAAAGAAAAUUUACGGUCUCCCAACAGCAAUGUAAUGUAGUCUCUCAAGAGUUACUGACGUGUUGAUGUUUUUUUGUUUGGUAAUAACUGAAGCUCGUUAGGUGCUCAUGGAAAAGAGGGGGGUGGGGAGGGGUAGAGG